ACAUUGAAUAAUUGCCAGAAAUAUUUUAGCAUUUCUAUUAGAGGUAACUUUAAAGAUCGAAUCUCGAAAUAUAAAACUGAAAACUAAGUAUGGAUAAUUAAGUUAGAUAUAUUUGGUGGUGGAGCUAAUAGGAAUCUGAACGUUCAAUUGAAUUCUUUUAGUCAAAAAAUUAUACUAUUGCAAAGUUCAAAUUCUAAGUAUAUAGCUUAGUGUGUGAAUUUUUGGUUUUCGAUGUUAGAUAUAUCGUUCUAAAAACUUUCUUAAUUUAGGAAUCUGCCCCUAAUAUUAUGUAAAGGAUUAAAGUUAUUUAAUGACGACGCUUUACAGUAUCAAAAUAGUUUAACAAAGUUACUUUUCUGUUAGACUACUUUUCUAAGUACUAUUGGAUUUUAUCAUAACCAUUGACCUAAUAAUAACCUGAAAAAUAAGAUAAUAGUCGUAUCUUCGCUAGUUAACUUGUAUUGGUAAUAUGAUACUUUUUACAUUAUAAAUAGCCAAACGCUAUCACAAACGAUUUCUUAGAACCAAAAUCUCAGGCAAAAACAAAAGAUGGGGAAGUUGAGUCUUUGCUUAUUAGUGCUACUAAUUAGCAUCUGGGUGACCAACACAGGAGCUUUUGCAAAGCAGUGUGGCAGUGAAGCUGAAGAUGAUGUUGGUGGUGCCAGUAAUGACAUGGUGGGACAAUCAGCAAAUAAUGUGAGAGCAACAUAUCAUUUGUAUAAUCCACAGAACAUUGGGUGGGAUUAUAUAAGGGCUAGCGUUUACUGUGCAACUUGGGAUGCUAAUAAGCCAUUGGCAUGGCGGAGAAAGUAUGGCUGGACUGCUUUCUGUGGUCCUUCUGGUCCUCAAGGUCAACCUUCCUGCGGAAGAUGCUUGCGGGUGACAAAUACUAGGACACGGGCUCAGGCAACUGUGAGAAUCGUGGACAGAUGCAGUAAUGGAGGGCUAGAUUUGGACGUCAAUGUUUUCCGUCGACUAGAUACUGAUGGAGAGGGAAACAGGCGAGGCCAUCUCAUUGUCAAUUACCAGUUCGUGAACUGUGGUAACGACCUCGAUGUUCCUCUGCUUUCUGUUGUUGACAAAGAAUAAACAUAAACCAGAAUAUGGCAAAGCAGUACUAGUGUUUCCUGAAAGUGAUUGUAAUGUGUCAGCACACAGCCCUGAUAAAGUAUGUAAGCUCUUUUGGCACACCUCAGGUGCUUCUUGGGCAGUAUAAGCAGAAUAAAUAUGGGGCCUUUUCAUGUAAUACCAAGUAAAUAAAACGCACCUUGUCUCUGGUGCUAGUAGCCUCCGUAUUGAUAGUGUACAGAUAUUCCUAAAAUAUAAGUUGGAUGAAUUGGACGGUUUA